AGUUCUGACCCAAACAUGGCGACGGAGAGCUGCGAAAAGUGCUGAAUUCUGUCUACAUUUCGACAAAAUCGCGAAGAUCGACUGCUCGGGACGUUCAUACAGCAGCCGAUGCUAAACAUGGUCCGAACCGCACUGAAAGAUCACAAAGACAGUAAGAAGGAUAAAGUGAGCCGGAGCAUGUCUCUCACAGGUCCUGGACCAGUCAAAGUGACGGAGUCGUUCUCAUGGGAGGAGUAUUUGAAAGAGACCUCGUCUGAUCCCGCUCCUCCCGGCUGCUUCAGACAGUCUCGGAUUCCUCCCUCCAACGAGUUCAAGGUGGGGAUGAAGCUGGAGGCCCGGGACCCUCGUAACUCCACCUCCACCUGCAUCGCCACGGUGAUGGGCUUGAUGGGCGCGAGGCUCCGCCUCCGUCUGGACGGCAGCGACAGCACCAACGACUUCUGGCGAUUGGUCGACUCCGCCGACAUCCAGCCAAUCGGAACCUGCGAGAAGAACGGAGACAUGCUGCAGCCGCCGCUGGGAUUCAGGAUGAACGCCUCGUCGUGGCCCAUGUUUCUCCUGAGGACCCUUAAUGGAGCAGAAAUAGCACCUGCCACGGCAUUUAAAAAGGAGCCGCUGCGGCCGCCUCAGAACGGCUUCAAGCCCGGCAUGAAGCUGGAGGCCGUGGACAAGAAGAACCCGUACCUGAUCUGUCCGGCCACCAUCGGCAAGGUGAAGGGGGAAGAGGUGUUCGUGAUGUUCGACGGCUGGAGGGGGGCGUUCGAUUACUGGUGCCACUAUGACUCCAGGGACAUCUUCCCCGUGGGCUGGUGCUCGGUCACCAAACACAGCCUGCAGCCGCCCGGAAACAGCAUCGGCGUUUCAAAACCGGGUCCUACACCUUCCUCGUCCUCUUCCUCUAACCCUAAACCGCCCCGGCGCUCCAUGCCGUCUCCUUACCGCCUGCCGACUCCUCUUCCUCAACUCCCUGUGCGGAAGGGCAUCAGGGGACGGCGGCCAAAAAGCGAGACCCUCGCGCUGUUGAAAGCCCUGGCUGUUUCCACUGCAGCCCAGGAACUAGAAGAUCAAGGAGAAGCCAUGCCCCAAACCACGCCCAUUUCCCAGCAUCCCCUGCGUCCAUACAAGAAGAGGGGACCUAAACCGGGCCACAAGAGGAAGCCCAGACUCCUCCAGAGUGCCAUGUCUAUAGCAACUAGCUCAGACUCCAGGGUCCCCAUGACUCAGAUGCCCAGCGAGGGUCUCUCUCCUUUGGGAUCCCCCUCAUCUGUGGUGUCUACUGUGUGCGUAUAUGUGAACAAACACGGGAACUGUGGCCCACAUCUGGACCGUAAACAGGUUCAGAGACUGCCGGAUCACUUCGGGCCGGAGGCAGUGAAUCUGGUUCUGCAGCAGACGGUUCAGGCCUGUCUGGACUGUGCGUACCAGCCCAAAGUGCUUCUGGGGUGCCUGCAGAGCCAAGGCGGCGGAGGAGAGGUGGUCAGAGUCCGAACAGAUGGUGGGAAGCGGCUGUUGAAGCUGCCGUCAGCGUCGAGCGCCGGGUUUGUGUUGCGCUUCCUGGAGCGAGUGUGUCGACACCUUCAGUGUGAUAAUCUGUUCAGCAGUCAACCGUUCAGUCCACACAACACCUACGACCGCGCUAAAUCAGUUAAAGAGGAGAUGUUGUCAGACGGUCCGUCUCUGAGCAGAGGUGUGAAGCGGAUCUCCAGAGACUCUCCGCCGUACUGCGCUCCUCUCUCCCCGAAGCUCCUGCACACUGACACACACCCAUCAGAAGCGGAGACUCUUCCUCCAGAGCAGAAUGGAUUACUGAAGGAGCAGCGCUUCAUGGACUCCGCCUCUAAUUCCAUGACGCCCCGCCCACAGACCUUGAGAAGCACCUCAGAGUACCAAUCACCACCCAGCAGCCCGUAUUACCACGGCAACGGCCCGCCUCUACGCAGACAGGCCUCCAACCCCGUCACACAGACACACAGACGAGUGGAGGCCGCCAGCUCCACCACGGGUCCUGAGACACCGGCCGACCUUCCCAGAAUCCCCGGCAGGAGCCCGUCUUCCUGGUCCAUAGAGGAAGUGAUGCAGUUUGUGCGGGACGCAGACCCAACAGCGCUGGCUCCACACGCAGAGCUCUUCAGAAAACACGAGAUCGACGGGAAAGCUCUGAUGUUACUGAGGAGCGACAUGGUGAUGAAGUACAUGGGUCUGAAGCUGGGACCGGCGCUCAAACUCUGCCACCACAUCGAGAGACUCAAGCAGAGCAAGCAGUGAAGCAGCACACGGACAGAACACACUGAUGGGAAACAUUAACACACACACCUGCAGCCAGAGCACACUGUGAGGAACUGAACAUUAGUGCCGUUCUCUGGGAACGACCGGUGCGUUGGGGAUGCCAUCUCGUCUCCCCAAAGACUCAGACGCUUCACGGGCCGAUCAGCUCACCGAUAGUGCUGGUGUUUGAGUCUGGCGUUGGCUAUUUAUCGCUCUACCUCCCUGUGACGUCAUACAGCUGUUUCUGGAAUCACUUACAGCCACAUGAAAACGUUUCAUUUGUGUAUUUUAGUUCCAACAAAACACGUCAUGUUUCGUAACCCUAAAGGAAAAGUUCGGCCAGUCGUCAUUAUUUACAGUCCAAACCCGUGCUACUUUGUGUUUUUCCGUCGAACACAAAAAGAGACGUUUUGUAGAAUGUUCACGCUGCUCGUUUUCAUGCAGUUCUGCUACAUGGGCGGAAUCAUUUUUGACCAGACAGAUGCUUUAAACGUUUUGUUUCUUUUCGUUUGGUUGGAGAUUUAAGUGUGUUCAGAGGUAAAAAAUUACUUUAAUGUAUGGAAGAUUACGUCAAAAUAAUAUUAAUAGCAUAGUUUGGAACAAAUAGAUUUAAGUAAAUCGCAUCAGAACGAUAAAAAAAAAUGUAGGCCUAAAAAUGACAUUUAUGUUUUUGAAUUGUACAUCGAAUUUCCAUCGUUCUGGAUUACACAGUUUUAAUUUUAAUAUAAUAAUAAACUUAAUGCAAUUUAUAUUUGUCAAGUCAUGCAUGAAUUAAAAAAACGGGACAGAUUUUUGCCGUCAAAAUCAUGCCAUGGUUAUAUUUGAAUAUUUGAAUAUUUUCAAAAUCCAUUUAUUCAAACCGCUUAGAAUCAGCGUAAACUGAUAAUUGUGAAAACAGUUACAUUUAUUCAGUUUAAAAGUAUAAACAAAGUUAAAUGUGACGAGUGGAACAAGCAAUACUUGAUUAGUUAAAAUGUAUGAGAUCAAAAUUAUAUACAUAUAUAUGUGACCCUGGAGCACAAAAUACAUUUUUCCAUUUUUUUUCUGGAAUUUGAGGGUGCAAAAAAAUCUAAAUAUUGAGAAAAUCAUCUUUAAAGUUGUCAAAAGAAGUUCUUAGCAAUGCAUAUUACCAAUCAAAAAUUAAGUUUUGAUAUAUUUACAGUAGGAAAUAUACAAAAUAUCUUCAUGGAACAUGAUCUUUACUUAAUACACUAAUGAUUUUUGGUAUAAAAGAAAAAUCUAUGAUUUUGACCCAUACAAUGUUUUUUUGGCUAUUGCUAUAAAUAUACCCCAGCGACUUAAGACUGUGCUCCAGGGUCACAUUAGUUAUUAAUUAGUGCUAUUAAAUAAAUCUGACCCAUUUUAUUUAUGUACUGUAUGACUGACACAUAUGCAUCACAUUGUUUAUUAAUGUUAAAACUGUGAAAUCUAAUCUUUUACAUGCAAUUUAAAUACAUAAAUCUUACAUGUAGGCCUUUUUAGUAAUGAAAUACUGUGAGAGAAACGCGCUUCUGCUUUUAAAAAACCUCAAUAUCAAAAGUUUUAUCAUGUCGUGUAUCUACUCUAGUUUUCAGUACACUGUGUUUUUCCUAUAUCGCUAUGUAUUUUCUCUUUCGACUCUGGAGUUUAGUCUGGAGUGUGUAUGUCCCAGAGCGUUGUUUUGAGGAGAUAAUGCUUUCGAGAUAACGCUGUUUGAGUUGGCCUCGGGUUUGUUACAGAAACUCGUCGAGCUCUUAUCUGGGGAAUGUUUGAAUUGACUUGUGUUACGAAGUCACUGAACAGUAUUCAAGAGACCGAAACGCAGCUUUCGAUGAGGAAAUGAACGAGAGAAUGGGAAAGUCGUCAAAACUGGUUCAUUUCAACGAAGCGUCGCUGUAGACGGUUCAUUAGAAAUAUCACUAAAGUAGUAGGAAUGUGACGUGAGUAACUCCGGCUUUAUCUCGAAGUUUCUGUUGAUAUUUGAUCAUUUUCAUUGAUAGAUCAGACGUCAGUGGCGUAUUAUGUAUGGGUUUAACCAUAAAACUCAGCAACAGGAAUGUACAAUUUUGUAGAGAAGAAAUAUUUUAAGCUAAACACGUUGUGUACGGAGGUGGGAAUACGUUACGUUACGUCACGAGGGGCUGUUUAUCUCGGAUUCGUUGUUUAAUAUACCUUGUACUGCCUUCCAGCGCUUUUUAACGGGAGGAUACGUCCAUUUUAAAUAGCUAUGUUCAAAUUGCCUUGCUUUACUUUGAGACUUCUCAGGUUUUUUCCCCAUCUUUUGUAGCGUAGCAUUUCAAGUUAGACGUGAAUGUGAUCGUUUAGACUCCUUUUUGUAAAAAAAUAAUAAACAAAACAAAAAAAUCACAUGUAUUCGUAAUGUUGUGCCAUAUAGAUUCAUCGAUGAUUGAAUAUCAACACCUGUUAUGAAAAAAAAACACCCACACGUGCUUCGAUCUUGAUACCAGAGACGUUUUUAAUCAUGAACUUUUUAAAGCUAAUGCAUUUCGUCACGUACACAUUUUCAACGAUACAAAUAAUAAAUAAAUAAUUUAAAACAUCA